AUGAGGGUGGUGAUUCAAAAAGUUAAGAACGCUUCAGUCACAGUUGAUGAAACUGUAGUAUCAUCAAUUGGUAAAGGAUUAAUGAUCUUGGUUGGAAUUUCAACCACUGACACCAAGGAAGAUGUACUCAAGCUAAGCAAGAAACUUUUGUCAUUGCGAGUAUUUGAAGAUUUAUCACAGCCUCCGCAAACAGCGACCAGAUGGUACGGUAAGCCCUGGGCGAAGUCAGUUGUCGACAUUCAUGGUGAAAUAUUAUCGGUGUCGCAGUUUACGUUGUAUGGGACGGUGAAAAAGGGAACCAAGCCAGAUUUCCACAAGGCUGCAGGAGGAGACGAGGCGAAACUGCUAUAUGACACAUUGUUAGAGGAGUUGAGAAAGGGAUUGGGUGACGAGAGGGUCAAGGAUGGGAAGUUUGGCGAAAUGAUGGAUGUAUCUUUGGUUAACGAAGGACCCGUUACAAUUGUUUGGGAUACCCAGGAAAAUUCCUUAUAA